CGCAAGAGCAUCCAUUCUGCCUCCCGUAAGCGCUCCGAAGAGACCAGGGGAGAAAAAGAGAUGCAAAAGACGCCAAGUGAGAGUUUGGAGCGACUUUGAUAAAGCCAGGAGCACGGAGCGGUGUCACGCACACGCACUGGGACUGUCCUCCGUAUUUAGACUGGUGCCGAGCAUCACCGCGGACAGCUUCAUCCCGUCUCCAUCAUCUGGAUCUUACAAGAGGAGAGCACAUCUGUUUGACUCCUGCAAAGGAAAUCACGGGAUCACCUUAAUAAGGUUGUGUUUGUGUGACUGCUGAAAGGCCAUGAUCCUGAACGCCUCUGACCUGGGCUGGGAUGAGUCCUCAGGUUCAGAACCAUUCUUCCCUCUAGACCCUCUGGACAGCUCAUCCACGUAUGAAGUCCCGCCCCUCACAGUGUGGGGCGUGGCCCUGUGUGUUUCAGGAACUCUCAUCGCCACUGAAAAUGCAAUAGUCGUCACCACCAUCUUGGCCACCCCGUCUCUUCGUGCCCCUGUUUUCCUGCUGCUGGCUAGCCUCGGAUUGGCUGAUCUCCUGGCAGGUGUUGCUUUGAUCUUGCACUUCCUCUUCCUGUUCUGCGUGAAGCCCAGUGAUUGGUCAGAACUGCUGACGUCAGGACUGCUGGUGACAUCACUGACUGCCUCACUCUGUAGCCUGAUGGGUGUUGCUUUGGACAGAUACUUGUCUUUAAGCCACGCCCUCACCUAUGGUUCAAGUCAAUCACGGCACCGAGCCGCUAUCCUCCUGCUGCUGGUGUGGUUGGGUGCAUGUGUCAUCGGGGCGGGACCUGCAAUGGGAUGGCACUGUCUGGGUGAACCCAACUCAUGUUCUGUAGCACGACCUCUGACCCGGACAUACCUGUCGCUGCUGUGUGGCGGCUUCCUGGUAGUUGUCAUGGUAACUCUGCAAUUGUACGCUGGGAUCUGCCGUGUGGCAAGGCGGCAUGCCCACGCCAUCGCCACCCAGAGACACUUCCUCCCUGCCAACCAAUCAUAUGCAAGCAAACACAGCAGUGGGAGGGGCUUCUCUCGGUUGAUCCUGGUCCUCAGUGUGUUUGUGGGCUGCUGGAUGCCUUUCUCUCUCUGGGGGCUGCUGGGAGAUGCGUCCAGCCCUCCUCUGUACACCUAUGCCACACUGGUGCCGGCGGCGGGCAGCUCGCUGCUUAACCCAAUCCUCUACAGUCUGAGAAACAAAGACAUUCGCAAGGUGCUGCUCCAGGCCUGCUGCCCGCACAGAUACACGCACAACACACACAUACACUACCCCGUCGAUGUGUAGACUGCCAAACCUCGCCAGACUCAAAACACCACACAAUCUAUGCCAGACAUAUCACUGUUUGUGUGCCAAGAUACACACAUAGCUGUAUUGACUAUAAUCCAGAUCAAGAACAUGAAGUCUCUCACACACUCCCACACACACGAAGCAAUUCUCCAAGAGAAGACGUCCCUCUGCUAUAUCAGAACAUUCUGGACUGUACUGGCAAUCGGCCAUGUUGGGAGUACAGAUUAAACGUACUGUCUUGUGUGUACUUUGUGCCUCAUCCUCAGUAAAUUGUAGCUCCACUGGAUCACCGGACUGAAGCAAUCACAGGGACGCUGUUUACAUCCCAAAUCAUAGACAGUGGAUUUAAUCACCAUUGGCACUUUAAGACGGGAGGUGGGGAUGUGUUAUUAAAUGUACGCCUAUCACAGUGUAAUGAUGUGAUCCAAAGCCCAAUUUUAUUUACUUGAAUGUCUAGAAAACACAAUGUUCUAGAUCUUUGAGUCUAUUUUGCACAUGCUGUUAAAGGCACUUUGAAAGGUACUGACCAUAUGUUCAUGUUGCACAGCCUUUUUGAAAUGAAUGAAUAUUUUAUA